GUUUUGUAACCGCUGGUCGGACCGCCUGACGCUUCUAGAUGCGUCCCCCUCGCCCCCAACUCUCUCUUUCUCUGCGUCUCCCACGCACACGCUUUAUUUCUUUCUUGGCAACAAAGAAAGGGAGAGAAGAGAGAGAGAGAGGGAGGGAGCAAAAAAUAAAGGGAGAGUGAAGGAAUACUGUUUAGUUGUUCGUUCGGUUGGUAUUCAGACGAAGAAGGAGGAGGAGGAUUAGGAGAUAGAGAGGUAUGGAUGGUUAUGGGCGACAAAGAGGAGGAAGGGUGUCGCGUGGGCUGCUGCCGCUGCUGGCGAUGCACGUGGCCAACGAGUACUUCCGCCUGGAGCGGAAGCCGCCCGUCACAGCUGGGCUCCUCUUUGCCAACACCCUCAUCUACCUCCGCCCGGGCCCCCUCAACCGCCUCCUCCCCACCAUCGACGAGGUCUGGUUCAAUCCCCACCUCAUCAUCAAGUAUGGGGACCUGAAGCGCUUUUUCCUGUCAGCUUUCUAUCAUAUGGGUGAAUCCCAUUUGGUCUACAACAUGCUGUCUCUUCUGUGGAAGGGGAUUCAGCUGGAGACCUCGAUGGGCAGUAUUGAGUUUGCAUCUAUGGUAGCAGCAUUGCUUGGCUUGUCCCAAGGCAUCACCCUUCUUCUGGCUAAAAGCUUACUACUUUUCUUUGACUAUAGGAACGCAUACUAUCACCAGUAUGCAGUUGGAUUUUCUGGUGUUCUAUUUGCCAUGAAGGUUGUGCUGAAUGCCCAGUCUGAUGACUAUGCUUAUGUGCAUGGGAUGAUUAUCCCUGCACGCCAUGCUGCAUGGGCUGAGUUGAUUCUCAUCCAGCUAUUUGUACCAGGUGUGUCUUUCUUGGGUCACCUUGGUGGGAUACUUGCAGGACUUCUGUAUCUCCGGCUGAGAGGUUCAUAUUCAGGCCCUGAUCCAGUCACUGCUAUGAUUAGGAAUGUCGCCCGAAUUGUAAGCUGGCCUUUAAGGUUUGUCCGUGGCUUGUUUGGAUUCCAGCGCCACCGCAUAUCUGGAAGGGGGAGGAUUGGACGCAGUCCACCAAGGGGAGCUGUGUCUGGUGUGUGGAGAUGCCCGGUAUGUACUUAUGACAAUUCAGCAUCGGUGGAUGUCUGUGAGAUGUGCAACACAAUACGUAGGGGUAAUGGGUUCGGCCUGAUGCGCACACCUGAUCGAACCAGUGACCUCUCAGUGGAAGAGCUCCGUCGCCGUAGGCUUGAAAGGUUUGAUAGAUGAUUCCACAGGUUGGUGCUGAUAAACGCUGGCUUCUUUCAGAAUUUGUUGUAUCUCAAGGAGUUCAUGGCUAGUGGCUGUUGAAGACCUUAAGAAAUGGAAUUAGAUGUUGGAAAUGCAGGGGAAUUUGUUUUGCUGUAUUCAUAGAUCAAAGAAUCACAUUUGGAUUUCCUUGAACUUCAACGAAGAAAUGAAAACAAGGAAAGCAUUCUGUUGGAACUUAGCUGUGAUUUUUUAGUUAGAAUUGAUUUAUUAGACUGCA